CUCCUCUUCACACUGAACGCGGUCUCUCUCACCUUGCUGUCGACAAGUUCUUGAAUGUUGGUGAAGAUGAUGAAGUGGUCGCCGUGGCCGGCGCCGGAGACAACGAAGUUUCAGGUUAGGGUGAAGCCAGUGAAGCUCGAAGGAUUCGAUGACAACAAAGGGGGUAAUGAUGGGAUACAAAAAGUUAUAGCAAUUAGGUUGAAAUGGAAAGGUGAACCCAAGUUUGGGUUAGUCCCAUUUCAUCGUUCGUCAAAGCAACGAAUAGAUUUGACUAGUGAGAAGAUUGCGAUGAAAGGAGAAGCAAUUGAAUGGGAUGAGGUGUUUGAGAAUUUAUGUUGCUUUUCGAUGUCUUCGAUUGAUGACAAGUUUGUUCGGUGGGAUGUGUCCUUCAAUCUCUUAUAUGGAGAGUCCAAGGCGAAAUUGGCAGUGAUUGGGCAGAUAUCUGUGAAUUUAUCAGAAAUGGUCUCAACAAUGGAGUCUCAAGUUGAAAGCAAGCUACCUAUCAAUUUACAGGUCACCGGAAUCGCCAGAGAAGCUACCCUUACUGUGUUGAUAAGUUUUAUGGAGAUUAGAGAUUGUCAAGACUCAGUAGGACCAGUUCAGAACUCAACCGGGGGAAGAAGAGAGGUGAAAGGUUUAACUCACAAUGGGUCGGUAUAUAAUAGGAAGGAAAAGAAGAAACAGUUGAGUCAAGAGGAACUGAGUUUGGGUGACUCGGACGAGUCGGUGAAUUUGCAGCUGGAAGGCUGUUCAGAGACGAGUUUGGUUACUGAGUUAGGGUCGAGUUCGGACAGUAUUCAGUUGGACCCGGUCAAGAAGGUUGGGUUCUUCUCUUGGAAGAGGAGGCGGUUGAGCUUUAUUAGACCGGCGAGAACGAAAGUAGAACCGUUGACUAGGAAGAGCAGCGAUGAGAAUACGAUUGAUUUGGACCCACAAUCCACCGGUUCUUACUCCAUUGACUCCACCAUCGCCGGUUCAACAAAGAAACCAGACGCCAUUGGACCUUCUUCUGAAUCAGAUCACCAGGGUGAAACUAGCACGACCUGUGAUUGGGAAAUGAAGGAGAUAUUCAGUAGAGAUAGUCAAACAAAGCUCAAAGCCAGUGUCUUCUUCGCUUCCUUCGAUCAACGCAGCGACGAGGCCGCUGGAGAAAGCGCUUGCACAGCACUAGUCGCCGUCAUAGCUCACUGGCUCCAAUCAAACCAACAUGAAACCCCAACAAAAUCACAAUUCGAUAGUCUCAUCAUACAAGGUUCCUCCGAGUGGCGAAAACUCUGCGACAAGGACGCCCACAAAAACCAUUUCCCCAACAAGCAUUUUGAUCUCGAAACUGUUCUAAAUGCUGAUCUUCGGCCGGUCGCCGUUUUGCCUCAGAAAUCAUUCGUUGGGUUUUUUGGUGCUGAAAAGUUCGAGGCCUUGAAAGGUGCUAUGUCUUUUGAUGAGAUAUGGAAUGAAAUUGACAGAAAUAUAGGAGAGAAUGAUGGGCCAAGGGUUUAUAUAGUGAGUUGGAAUGACCAUUUCUUUGUGCUGAAGGUGGAGGAUAAAGCUUACUAUAUCAUUGACACAUUAGGAGAAAGACUCUUUGAGGGAUGCAAUCAAGCUUUUGUAUUAAAGUUUGAUGAUUCAGCCUUGAUGCAUGAAAUAAAAGAGAGGGAAAAGAUCAGGAGAGAGAAUGGUGGUCCUGAGGAGGAAAGUGAUGAGAUGAUUUGCAGUGGAAAAGAGUGUUGCAGAGAAUUUAUUAAGAGAUUUCUUGCAGCUAUACCAUUAAGAGAACUGGAAGAGGAAGAGAAAAAGGAGGCAGUUUCUUAUUUCUCUCUCCAUCAGAGGUUGCAGAUAGAGUUCAAUUUUAGCUACUCUUUGUGUUCAUUGUCAUCUUCAUCACCAUCUUCUCAGUUUUCUGGUUCUGUUUCUUCUUCAACAUCCUCUCACUUCUCAAAUGAAUUGUGUAUUUGAAUGUUUGUGUAUACAUUUUUGGGAAUAAGUGUAAUUGAUUAGUUUAGGCUUUGUAUCAUAUGUGAAUUUUUUGGAGCAUUGGCACUAAUUAGAUGGUUC